AUGGAGUCGCCCCAACAUGUUGGUGAUAAUACCGCCAAUUCCAUUAGUAACCAGUUGAGCGGGACUCAUUUACAGAAGCCUUUAAUCAAACUUUCAUCACCAUCCGAUUCGGCAUCAUGUACUUCAAAGGUGUACUCUGCCGUUUAUCUGGGACAAAAAUUCAUAGAAAUUGAUGUGAAAGUGCAAGCUCCUGAAAUUGAUUCAUCAUCAAUUCAGAUAUUGCGUCGUGUUUGUGAUUCUUAUGUGAAUGUUGUUCAAAUACUACAGGUGUUGGUUUCCUUGGGUCGCUUCGACCAGGAACGGGUCGACAGCUUCCUUGAAAAUGAUAUUUUCACCAACCCUCAGUAUUUUCAAGGAGGCAGCGAGGACGACAAGGUUCUUUACAAUGAUUUGAGAAGCCACGAAAUCGCCCAAUUGCGUGGCAUAUGGAUUCCUUAUGAUAAAGCAGUUCUGUUUUCGCUCAACUAUGGCAUUUACGACAUAGUCAAGGGCUUACUUCUUGUUGACGUGCAUGACUGUGACAAGCUACCCAAAAAGCCGGAAUCGUCCACAGCGGUCACUGUGAAACGCAACGCGGAUGAGGACAUGACCGACGCUUUAGAUGGGUCACCAACAAAAAGAAGGAAAACGCAAUCAACUGCAGCACAAUCUCUCGUUAAAGCUGCUGCAGAGUCGAACACAAACGCACCUUAUUGCUUGCCCCCAUCAACAUUCAAGGAGAAGGAUGUCGACAUUGUACUGGAAGUGAAACUCAAGUUCAGCGAGAUAUUCAAGAAUGAUGGCGAGCUUUCGACAGAUCUCUCUUCUGCUGACAUUAAGAACAUGUUUCAAAGCAUAUUUGACAAGUGCUCCACACGAUUUCACCUGACGACAUCUAUUUUGGAUGUACCAUUAGACUCUCAAGGAAAGACCGCCUUGCACUACGCGGCAACAUUAGCAUCAAACUUGGUGGGAAUUUUUAUAGAGCUUGGCAUAAACUCCCCAAUCCGCGGUGACAACGAUGGUGAGUCGCCUUUACUCUCAGCAAUUCUGGUUACGAAUGCUAUGGAGAAAGGCAACUUUGUUAGCAUGCUCGAAAACUGGCUCUGGCCUAAUUUGUGGCUUUUUGACAAUAAGCACAAUUCCUUUCUACAUCAUCUCAUCGUCCUGGCGACGAAAAACUUUGAUGCUUCAAAAUUCUAUCUCACCAAGAUAAUAACUUGGAUGGUACAGAAUGUUGAUAAGGAAAAGAACCUUAAUAAUCUUUGCACAAAAAUUAUCAACGCUCAAGAUUCAGAAUCUGGGAACACAGCUCUUCAUCUCGCGGGUGAGCACGAGCUCAAAUGGUUCAUUCACGUCCUACUCGAACUAAAAGCUGACACCCAAGUUGCCAACAAUGUGGGUGUAAAACCAUCUGAUUUUGAAUCUGUCAAAGAAGUGAUUCUGUUGCGUGACAACUACGAAAAUCACAAAUCAUCGGUCGCUGCAACGAAGACCUUCCUCGAAAGUCUUGGUGCGUCUUCAGAUGAAGACGAGUACUUCUUGCAACUCAUUGACACAGGCAUUGAAUUUUGGGAAAAGACCGGAGGUUGCACUGAUGUUGGAAAAAUGGAGGAUGUAACUGAGGGCACUUCCGAAAAGCGAGUGGGUAAUGGUGCGGACGCUAAAGAUGAUGCAGAUCAGCUUUCACAAUCGGAGAAGAUCUUCAAAUCAAUUCAAGAUUUGAUGAGUAAUGCCAAUGAUGAGUAUCUGAAAGUUAUCAAUGAUAAAAAGAGAGAAAUCAAUUCUCUUAACCAAGAACUUCGAGGAGCAACUAUUUUAACAGCUAACAACAGAUUUGUUGCCAAAAAAGUACUUGAAAAAGUGUCUCUCGUUGAUACUAUGAAGUUACAAAUGGCAAACAUCACAGAAAAGUUACAAGUCUUGAAGAAAAAGCUUCCAGAUGAUGAAAAGGACGAAAAUGUGUUCACCAGCGAUAUUGUGAACCAGGACUUUGUCAACUUCGAUGCAGAUGAACCUUUUAUUAUCAAGCCCAUCUAUGAUAAACUUGCGAACAACGAGGAAGUGGAGUCCACGGAUGAGUUGUUGGAAACACUUCCGUCAGCCGAAGUUUUGCAAGCCCGGCUUCUGGCUUACAAAGAGAUCAAUCAGGAUUUAGAAAAGGAGUUAGAGAAUUUGCUCAACUACAGUACCUUGACAGCAAAGUUCAAGAAGGUCGUGAGUUACUGCACCGGUGUGGAUAUUAACGAGGUUGACGAACUACUUGAUGGCUUGCUUGAAGCCGUUGAAGGACAGCAAUGA